CAUAUCUUUCGCAACUUACCUAAAAAUUAAAUAAAGGUUGGUCUUUUACUCCCACAUUCUUAUACUUUACCCACAAUCUUAGACUUGUAAUCUUAUCAAUUCACCAUCUUUGUACAGCCCACAAUCCAUUAUUAUAUACCUUGUGAGUUUUAGAUUGGUGAAGAUUGUAAAGGGGGUUUUCGGAAAUGAGUUGAUUUGUUCUUGAAUACUGAAUUUAGGAUUAUAGUUCGUAUCGAGGGAAGCACUUGAGGGGUUCCAACACUUACAUCAGAAACUAGCUAAAAAUUAUUUUUGUAUGGUAGUCAGAGAAUGAUGCAAAGGGUAAGAGUUUCAUCUCAGCAAGCACCAGUGCAUAAGCUAGGUGAUUCCCAGAUGACAUUGUCCCCAAAGUUUAGAUUAGCUGCACCACGGUCAUCGUUGUUUGAUUCUUCUGUAGAAUCAGAAUUGGCGCUUAGAGGUGAGCCUCUCAUUCCAGGCCUUCCGGAUGAUAUUGCACACAAUUGUCUUCUCCGGCUUCCAGUAGAAAGCCAUACGUCUUGCAAAUCUGUUUCUAGACGCUGGUAUCAGUUGCUUGGAAGUAAGGAAGUAUUUUUUUCACGGAGAAAGGAGUUUGGUUUUCAUGAUCCCUGGUUAUUUGUUUUUGCGUUCCACAAAUGUACCGGAAAGAUUGAGUGGCAGGUCUUUGAUAUGAAGAAAUUGACUUGGCACUCUAUUCCUGCAAUGCCUUGCAAAGAAAAGGUUUGCCCGCAUGGGUUUAGAUGUGUUUCGAUGCCCCAAGAGGGUGCUCUCUAUGUAUGUGGGGGUGUGGUCUCUGAUGUGGAUUGCCCUCUGAAUGUUGUAUUGAAAUAUGAAGUACAGAGGAAUCGUUGGACUGUAAUGAAAAAAAUGAUCACAGCACGAUCAUUUUUUGCUAGCGGGGUUGUUGGUGGAAUGAUUUAUGUAGCUGGAGGAAAUAGCACGGAUCUUUUCGAACUAAAUUCAGCUGAAGUUAUGGAUCCUCGUAAGGGUAUUUGGCGACCUAUUGCAAGCAUGGGUACAAAUAUGGCUUCUUAUGAUUCCGCAGUUCUCAAUGGAAAGCUUCUUGUGACUGAAGGCUGGUUUUGGCCCUUUUAUGUGGUACCUAGAGGUCAAAUAUAUGACCCUAAAACAGAUACCUGGGAGAGCAUGGCUGCCGGGCUGAGAGAAGGGUGGACUGGUACUAGUGCUGUGGUCUAUGAUCAUUUAUUUGUAGUUUCAGAGCAUGAAAGGAUUAAACUCAAAGUUUACUAUACAAAUACUGAUUGUUGGGAGGCUGUCGCUGGUGCUCCUUUACCCGAGCAAAUUUGCAAGCCAUUCUCUGUCAAUUGCUGUGAGUCCAGAAUAUAUGUUGUGGGUCGAAAUCUUCAUGUUGCUGUGGGUCAUAUCUCAAGAACAGACCAAGCAAUAAUUCCUGAUAAUAGGUGGAACUUUUCUGUUCAAUGGCAAGUGGUGGAUGCGCCUGCAGCCUUCUCUGAUUUGGUUCCUACAAGUGCACAGGUUCUCUUUGCUUAAAUCACGAAUUUUGUUUGCUGUGGUGCUUUUCUUUUUGUUGCUCCACUGUAAAUAUAGUAAAAUGCUGAAGUACUGAAGUAGUGUUAUGAUAGGCUGGUAGUCGUGUGAUAUGGUUCUAAAUGUUUCUACUGAUGUACUAGUCGCGAGCGUUUUUGUGCUUAUUUAUGUACCUUAUCUUGUUCACUUUGCUUGUCAAAGGGCAAGCUGUUCUCCAGAAAUAACAGACUGCAUUUUGAAAGCGUCUAGCAAUAAUAUAUAUUUCCAUAUUCCUGGUUGAAAGUA